AAGCCUUAAUACAUGAAUGGCAGAAACACCAUCAUAUGGAAGCUGUCAGAUCGGUAUAUGAGUAUAUCGUGACACAUCAAAACAGCCACCAAGGACAUUUAAGCCACGACAGAGCAUUACGGUAUACAUAUAGUAGUGACUUUGAUGAGGCCUUUGACCACCAUAAUACCCACCCAGAUGUUAAAAGAGUUGAAGACCUAAUACGUCACAACCGUGAGCGUGGAUGCUUAACCAAAUUACAGCAAUAUUGUGAAGAACUGCUUCAUAUUCAACCACACUCCUCACACACCACCACCCAGAAACCAACGGAAAAACCUACAACAACACAUCACGUGACUCCCCACAAAACAACCACUAAAGAAAAAACUACCACAAUGCCACCAACGACAACCACAGUCAAACUAACCACCACAGAAGCCACUACCACACAAGCUGCCACCACAACAGCGGAGACAACCACGGAGUUACCACCUCUUAAUCUGACAAUCUGUGACGCCUUUGCCUUUGUGAUGGCGCUAGCUAGUGGUGACAAGGUGCUGGAUCGGCACGCCGGUCUGUGUUCGGACGGUACCCACAGUCAGUCCGAGGCCGUGCUCUAUCAGACCUGUAAAGCCCCGGACGCUUCCACGUGGACAGCUGGACCAAAAGUUAUGGAUAACUGUGCGCGGAUCCCGGCCUAUACACCUAUUGCAACUUUUGAGUUUGGUCAGUACAAUCUGGACUCGUCUUCAUUAUCUGGUAUCUUUGUCGAGUGCACUGACGAUGGAUUCAAGGUUGCCGCACAAUUAUGUGGACAUGGACCUGAAAUUUACACAAUCCACAAAGGUGGCUCAACACUGCGACAGGAUGCCAAUAAUUACUAUGUCGUUAACAUCUAAAAAAGAUACUGCGAAUUCUGUGAUACAAAUCUCUCUUGUAUAUAUAACAUCAUCAUCCAUUUUAUAUUUAUUUACAAACACUGCCAAUUUACUAUUUCACAAGUU